AUGAUACAAUAAGCGAAACCACAGUUCAGAUCUGCAAUUAAAUCAUUUCUAAAAUGCGAUGAAAAUGUUAAUUUGAAUAAGCCUAGCUUAUUUUUUAAUCCAAAGUAUCCUCUAUUUGCUGACACUGUAUUUGCCUUUGGUUCUGUAGAUAUAGACUAUAAUAUCUUUUUAUAAGAUUUAGGAUAUAUGGCAAAUAAAUAUUUAUAUUAUCAAUAGUUUUAAUUAGAAUUAUAAGAUUCAAUUUAUAAUUAAGUAUAAACUAAGUUAGAAUUAAACUAAAUACUUAUCUACAAAAUAUUAAAACCUUAGAGUUAUCAUUAAAUUUUGUAAAAUUUAGUCUACUAAAAAUAAAAAUUAUUUAGUUAAGAACGUAUAAUUAAUGAUAUACAAAUUAUAAAUUAAAAAAAAUUAAAAAAUAAUCAACAAAUAGAUUUGAAUAAAUUAGAUUUCUAAUAGAGAGUUUAGGAUUUUUUGUAAGAAUUUAUAAAAAAUAUUCAAAAGAAUAAUGAUUAAGAUGAAAUAAACUAUUUCAAUAAAACUAAUUUAUUUAUAAGAUAAUAAGACAAUAAUUCAUUAAAUUUUUAAGAAUUUGAUAUCAAAAAAAUUUUACAUGAAUUAGAAGUAGAAGAAUAAAAACCUUAUAAAGCAGUUUUUGAAUAAAUGCAAGAUGAAGAAAAAAAAUUAAUUGAACCAAUAAUUUAAUACCUCUUUUCUUUUUUCAAUGAUUAGAUUAAAAGCUAGAUUCUUAAAAUAAUUUUAUCUGCCUACCUAUUCCCUAAUUGUCACUAAGAAUUGUAUCAAAAGCUAAUAAAUAAUAAUUAAGACUAUUUAAUAUUUAACUUUUUGAUUAAGCUAAAAGGAUAAAGUAGUUUUUUCAAUUUUUUAUAGAAAAUUAAAAAUUUAUGGUAAUAAUGA